GGCGCGGCGCGCGGGAACUGACCACGGUGCUGAAACAUGAACCAGACUGCGGGAGCGUCCAACCAGUGCCGGAGGCGCUCCUCCAGCGACAUCAAGGAUCUGGGUGAUGUGGUGGGUCCAGACAGGAACUGGAAGGGGAUUGGUAUCUCUCUACUGGUGAUAGCAGCUGUGUUGUCUGUGAUCGGACUCUCCAUUUUCCUUCUGUCUCAAGCUGAUGGCUCUAAAGCUCUGGGAUCCCAUCUGACCUUGGAUGACCUCUUCCUCAAAGAGUUUCAGGUUCAUGCCCCUGAGGCACAGUGGAUCAGUGAGGCGGAGAUCAUCUAUAAGAGCAGAGAUGGUAACGUGAUGAAAGCAGACCUGCAGACCAAUCAGAUUGAGCUCUUAAUGAAGAACACUACAUUUGCAACAUUUAAGGCUUCCAAGUUUGCAGUGUCACCAGAUCUCAACUAUGUUCUCCUAACAUACGACAUCAAAAAGGUAUACCGGUACUCCUUCCUGGCAUCUUACCUGAUCUACAAUUUGCUUACCAGAGAAGUACAUGAGCUGAACCCCCCUGAGGUAUCGGAUUCCGUUCUGCAGUUUGCAUCUUGGGGAGUUCAGGGGCAACAGCUGAUUUACAUCUUUGAAAACAACAUUUAUUACCAGUCAGAUGUAAAGAGCAGCUCUCUCAGACUGACGUCAUCAGGGCGAGAUGGGCUGGUUUUCAACGGCAUCCCUGACUGGCUGUAUGAAGAGGAGGUUCUGCACUCAUCAGUAGCUCACUGGUGGUCUCCAGAGGGGUCCAGCCUAGCAUUCCUGACUAUCAAUGACACGCUUGUACCAAACAUGCUGCUGCCGCAAUUUACUGGGGCUCUCUACCCACGAGGAGUAUACUACCCUUACCCAAAGUUUGGUCAGGUAAACCCAACAGUGAGGCUAAGUGUUGUUAGUCUGGAUGGCUCAUCGCAUACCAAAGAGCUGCUGCCCCCAAGCAGCCUGGAGAAAAGUGAGUACUACAUUAGCAUGGUGAGGUGGGUGACUGAGGAGUAUGUGGCUGUGCGCUGGCUGAACAGAGCUCAGAACACAUCCAUCCUCUCACUGUGCUACAUACACACUGGAGAGUGUGUAUGGAAACAUGUCAUGACUUCAGACAAGUGGAUCGACCAGCAGAAUGAAGAACCUGUGUUCUCCAAAGACGGAACCACGUUUUUUAUGACAUUACCCAUAAAGCACGGCAGCAGAGGAUCCUUUCGCCACAUCACCAUGAUGUCAGAGCAGGAACCAGGCUCAGAGGUCAAUAUAAGACACCUGACCUCUGGCAGCUGGGAGGUCACUAAGAUUCUAGCCUAUGACGAGAGCCUGAACACUGUUUAUUAUCUCAGCACAGAGGGUGGAGCCUCUCACAGGCACCUGUACAGGGUGAGCACAGUGGAUCCAUUUCAUCGUGAGUGUUUGACAUGUUCUCUAUUCAAACCUCACUGCUCCUACUACGACGCUUCCCUCAGCUCUGAUUCACAAGCAGUACUGCUGCACUGUGCAGGGCCUGGUGUUCCCAAGACUACUGCACAUCAGCUUGGCAACAUCACCCGUCAUAUGACUCUAGAUUCUGGUCUGGAAUUCAGAGAAUCACUCAGACAGAGAAAGAUCCCACGCAGAGAGAUCAGAACUUUACUCUACAAUAACCAGGUGCUACGGCUGGAGCUCAGCUUCCCUCUGGAUUUUGAUGAGAGCAAUCAGCACCCUGUGCUCCUUAUACUUGACAGCGCCCCUGGUGGUCAGCAGGUGAGUGAUCGUUUCCAUCUGGACUGGGACUCUGUGCUGGUCAGCUCUGAUAAUGUCAUUGUGGCUCGUCUGGACGGCAGGGGCAGUGGAUUCCAAGGUCAAAAAAUUCUACAGGAAGUCCACAAACGUCUGGGAGUGGUGGAGGUCCAGGACCAACUCGCUGCUUUGGAGUAUCUGCGGAAACAGCCAUAUAUUGAUGGGAGCAGAAUUGGGGUUUUGGGCAAGGCAUACGGUGGUUUCCUGAGCUCUAUUCUCCUCCUGUCUCAUGGGUCUCUGUUCCGCUGUGGUGUUGCCAUGGCACCUGUGUCUGACUGGAAACUCUAUGGUUCAGCAUUUACAGAGCGCUAUUUUGGAUACCCAGCCAAGAACGAGCACAAAUACCAGAUCUCCAGUCUGCUGCCAAACAUCACCGCCUCUGAGCAGGUGAAGUUUCUGAUCCUGCACGGCACGGCUGACGCCACUGUUCAUUUCCAGCACUCAGCCGAGCUGGUGAAGCAGCUAUCUGUGUAUAACAUAAACUACACACUUCAGAUUUUCCCGGACGAGGGCCAUGACAUCAGCAGCAGACACUACAUGCUGAGCUCACUCAUCACCUUUUUCAGGGAGUGCUUCUAUGACAACACCCCUGUUGUCAUGGAAACCAGGGAGGACGACUAGCCUCUGUUGCUAUGGGUGAUCUCCACUGGCCCACAGAGUGGGCAGGAUUUAAGAACAAGAUGGCUGCAACAACAAGCAUCCUUCACACAGACGACUUUAUUCUAAUCUCACCUGACCCUCUUCUGCCCGCCAGAGGCAUGAAAAGAGCUCUUUCGAGGUGGACUUAUCAGACGCAGAAGUGGCAAAGCCACACCGGGCCACACACUGCAAGAACUGUGUUGGAGGAAUAAGUGAGUUUUAAAAAAGGUCAGGCUGAGUCAGUGGAGAAUGUAUUUAUGAGAGCAGACAGCCACAGCUACAACAUAUUAAGACUCAAGCUAUUAUCUCUCCACUUCGACAACAGGGGCCUCCAGCUUCCUGCUGUCACGUGAAAAUGAAACCUAACCGAGCCAUAUCACGGGCAGGUAAACAAACAAACACAUACAUGAGGAAGAAAGAUGUAUAAAUGAAGUCUUCUUAACGAUAUGAAGCCCCAGACAGAAGAAAGGUAAAGGAGAAGGAAAAGGAAAUAGGCUGUUAUAUCCCUUUAUUUUUUCUCCUACAUAAGCAUUCCAAAUGAUAAAGCUUAGAGAUUGUGGAGAAAGUAUCUCUACACCAGUCAGGCCUCAGCUAAAGAUCGCACUACUGUGUCAAAUUAAAGGAAAGAUUUGUACACUGUUGAUUUUUUACAGUUUACUUUCUGAACUUGUUGAACACUGUAAAAAAAUCUGUAUGCUGUAUGACCUCAUACUAUUAGAGAUCUCUGAUGUA